GCGUCGAGGUGCGCCUGCGCGGGGUGGUGAGACAGCGAGUCGGGGGGGUGGUGCGUCGAGGUGCGCCCCCGCGGGGCGGUGAGGGAGCGAGCCGGAGGUGAGCGUCGAGACCCUCACGCAGUCAGGCAGGGAGGGACGGGCGGGCGGACUGACAGGUCGGUCAGUCAGGCAGCCCCGCCAUGGCCGAGAGCGACUGGGACACGGUGACGGUGCUGCGCAAGAAGGGCCCCACCGCUGCCCAGGCCAAGUCGAAGCAGGCCAUCUUAGCAGCCCAGAGAAGAGGAGAAGAUGUGGAGACCUCCAAGAAAUGGGCUGCUGGCCAGAACAAACAGCACUCUAUCACCAAGAACACGGCCAAGCUGGACCGGGAGACCGAGGAGCUGCACCAUGACAGAGUGACCCUGGAAGUGGGCAAAGUGAUUCAGCAGGGGCGGCAGGGGAAGGGGCUGACGCAGAAAGAUCUGGCCACAAUCAAUGAGAAGCCGCAAGUUAUCGCUGACUAUGAAUGCGGAAGGGCCAUUCCAAAUAACCAGGUCCUGGGCAAGAUCGAAAGAGUCAUCGGACACCGGUGCUGGGUCGCACGUCCCCUAACAUCCGUAACUCUGCCCCUUGUCAACCCUCUGAGGCGGACUGAUCGUCAGUGAAUUUAUCCACACCCCUCUUGAACCUACGUCUUCUGCCUGCCUGCCUUCUGCAGUGAGAAAUUGCCAGUUUGGUUUUUGAGGCCAAGCUGCCUCCCUGGGGUCCCGUUAGGUAGGGGAACGAUAAUGAAGCAAGGGUCCCAGCCUCGCACCGAUGAACCGCUGCCCAUUUCAGCCCUCUCCGGGGCACCGGGAACUCUUUCCCAUGAGAACGUGGCUCAAUCCUGUCUUGGGGGCCCCGGUGGGAUGACCGGCUUGCGCCACAUUCUGCCCCAGUCUGCGAAUUUCACUGGGGCCAUAAUGGUCAGCUCCCCCGCCCCCCCUAAAAAAAGACUUCCUGCCCAGGAGACUGCCCACUCUUUCUGGGCAUUGUUCGGAAAGGAAAUGGGAAUGUAUGCCCGUUCUCUUGUCUAGAAUAAAACGACUUUAGUCCUACUCCA